GCUGCCGCAGCCGUUGUUGGAGAACCGUAAAGCCACCCGGCGAGACGAGACUGGGCGGGGCCAACCUCAGGAAGUGCGCACAGCGCAAGGCCUGCCGGGGCCGGAAGCGGGGCGCACGCUGCGGGCCGGGCAGCGAUGGCGGUGGCGCGGAGCCGCAAGCGGCGUCUGGCGGAGCUGACUGUGGAUGAGUUCCUGGCCUCGGGCUUUGAUUCCGAGUCCGAAUCGGAGCCCGAAGGAGCCGCAGAAGGCGAGACGCUGGCGGCACGCGGAGCCUCCCGGAGCGUAGAUGAGCCAGAUGGGAGUUCCUUGGCCAGCCGGCGGAAGGGCCGUGCGUCCGAGCACAAGGACCAACUCUCUCGACUGAAGGACAAAGACCCUGAGUUCUACAAGUUCCUGCAGGAGAAUGACCAGAGUCUGCUGAACUUUAGUGAUUCGGACAGCUCCGAGGACGAAGAGGAGCAGUUCCACUCCUUGCCAGACAGGCUGGAAGAAGCAAGUGAGGAGGAAGAAGAUGAGGAGGAGGGGGACCGGGUCCUAGGAGGACCUGCAGGGAAGAGGAGGGAUUCUGUCCCUGUGACCCUUGCCAUGGUUGAGGGGUGGAAGCAGGCAGCAAAGCAGCACCUUACUCCCAAGCUGUUCCAUGAAGUUGUUCAGGCGUUCCGAGCAGCCGUGUCCACCACCCAAGGAGACCAGGAAGUUGCUGAAGCCAGCAAAUUCCAGGUCACGGACAGUGCUGUGUUCAAUGCUUUGGUCACCUUCUGCAUCAGAGAUCUCUUUGGCUGCCUCGAGAAACUGCUGUUUGGAAAAGCCCCAAAGGAUAGCAGCAGGAUGCUGCAGCCAUCCAGCAGCCCGCUGUGGGGGAAGCUCCGGCUGGACGUCAAGGCGUACCUGAGUGCUGUCAUACAGCUGGUGGCCUGUGUGGCAGAGGCGACAGUAGCGGCGGCCGUCCUCCAGCACGUGGGCAGCUCUGUGCUCUACUACCUCACCUUCCCCAAGCAGUGCCGCAUGCUGCUCAAGAGGAUGGUGGCCCUGUGGAGCACGGGAGAGGAGACGGUGCGAGUGCUGGCCUUCCUGGUCCUGGGCAGGGUCUGCCGACACAAGAAGGACGUCUUCCUGAGCCCUGUUCUCAAGCAAAUGUACAUCACAUACGUGAGGAACUGCAAAUUCACCUCCCCCAGCGCCCUGCCUCUCAUCAGCUUCAUGCAGCGGACCCUGACGGAGCUGCUGGCCCUGGACUCUGGCGUCGCCUACCAGCACGCCUUCCUCUACAUCCGCCAGCUCGCCAUCCACCUGCGCAAUGCCAUGACCACACGCAAGAAGGAGACGUACCAGUCCGUGUACAACUGGCAGUUCGUGCACUGCCUCCACCUGUGGUGCCGUGCCCUCAGCACCGUCGGCCCCAGUGAGGCUCUGCAGCCCUUGAUUUACCCCCUCUCCCAGGUCAUCAUCGGCUGCAUCAAGCUGGUUCCCACUGCCCGCUUCUACCCACUGCGCAUGCACUGCGUGCGCGCCCUGACGCUGCUCUCGGAGGGCACGGGCACCUUCAUCCCGGUGCUGCCCUUCAUCCUGGAGGUUUUCCAGCAGGUCGACUUCAACAGGAGGCCAGGGCGCAUGAGCUCGAGGCCCAUCAACUUCGCUGUGAUCCUGAAGCUGUCCAAGGGCAGCUUGCAGGAGAAGGCAUACCGGGAUGGUCUGGUGGAGCAGCUGUAUGACCUCACCCUGGAGUACCUGCACAGUCAGGCCUACAGCAUUGCUUUCCCUGAGCUGGCACUGCCCGCUGUCCUGCAGCUGAAAUCCUUCCUCCGGGAGUGCAAGGUCGCCAACUACUGCCGUCAGGUGCGCCAGCUGCUGGAGAAGGUGCAGGAGAACGCAGAGCACAUCUGUAGCCUCCGCCAGAGCGUCUCCUUUGGCGUGUCUGACCAGCGCGCAGUGGAUGCCUGGGAGAAGCAGACCCGAGACGAGGGGACCCCACUCACCAAGUACUACAGCCAGUGGCGGAAGCUGAGGGACCGAGAGAUUCAGCUGGAGAUCAGUGGCAAAGAGCGUCUGGAAGACUUGAAUUUCCCUGAGGUAAAGCGCCGCAAGGUCGGGGACAGGAAGGAUGAAGACCGGGCAGAAUUCAAGGCCCUCUUUGACCUGGACAGUGACGAGGAUGACUGGGCUCCACGCUUCCCAGAGAGAGGGACGCCUGGGUCCCUGCAAGCUUUGCAGAGGGCGGUGGCGGCGGUGGCGGAGGACAGCAGUGGUAGCAGCAUGGAGGAAGAAGUCAGCAAGUCAGAGGAUGGAAGCCCAGACACAGAGGCGGGGCUGGACGCCCAGGAGCUGUGGCAGCUGGCCCAGGGGCCAGAGGACGAGCUGCAGGAUCUACAGCUCUCCGAGGAGGACUGAGGGCUGCCUGCCUGGGGGCCUGGGGUGCAGUGUGGCCACCUCACCCUGCAGUCAGGCAUGCCGCUUCCAGGCUGGGGCUGAGCACCUGUACACAGGACAGAAGGGCAGUAGAUGGGGACAGGGCUUUAUUUUUUUACAACAUAAAAGACCAGAAAGUA